GUCGAAGAAACAUUUUGAACUCUCUUCUUCUUUUCGAAGACUUGGCAGUUGGUACUUGCUACCUUUGGCUUCUCCCACACUGUGUCCAUAGCUCGAUUUGAGAGAACAGCCCAUACUGAAGAGCGAGCUCCACCCCCGUCUCAACAACAAUGGCGGAAAUCACCGAACCUCUCAUCCCUGCAAAUCAAACACCUCCUGACUUCGAUCCCGAAACCAUGCGCAAAACCAAGCCAGGCCUCAAGCGCCUCAUCUUAACCGUCUCAGUCCUUUUCUCCUUCAUUCUAGGCGUCCCAUUGAUAUACAAAUCCGUGGAAAUUUACCGCGCGCCGUUACCUUUCCUCGAAAUCGAUUCACUCUCAGCUGAAAUCGACUCCAAUCCGCUCCUAUUUCCAUGUCGUUUCCUAGCAAUCCUCGUCGGCUUCGACUCCGAAUCCUCUAUCGCCUCUCUGGAAUCUUCCAUUCUUCACCAAAUGACCGAAUUGACCCGCCAAACGCCUCAAUGCGGCACCUGUAGCCCCAACCACAGCGUCUCAGUUGUCCUGGACCCCGAUGAUCACCCUCUCCUCGGUGCCGUUGAUUUCGACGCCGACGAUGAGGCUGUGGAUGAGGCUCUAGAUGAGGCUCUGGAGGCUGUGUUUCGGGGUGGUUGGGGUUCUGGCGACCGCGGAGAGGUGUAUACGGUGGUGGUGGUGAAUAGGGGAGGGGACGAGGCUAGAGCCGUGGUGGGGAAGUAUAGGAAUGCUUGGAUUGUUGGUAGGGUUUCGGAGGAGGAGGCGGUGGCCAAGGCGGCGGAGGUGUUUGUUAAAGUGUUUGUGAAUGGUGGGAAGGAGGAAGGAUUGAUUCAUGGCGAGUUUAUGCCUGUUGGUGCUGAUGGAACUCUUGUUCUUUCGUUUAAUUUGCUGAAUGCGGACCCUCGAGAUUGGGUUUAUGAUUGGGACUUUCAGACAGUAGAUGCGACUCUGUUGGCUCCAAUAAUUGAGGCUAUGAAACCUGUAGCAAACAUAAGCGUGGAAAGUCAGGUGUUAUAUCAUGUGCCAAAGUCGUCACUGUCUUACUGGGAUGAUAAGUGGGAUAGCUACGUAUUUAGUACCAAGGACCUUCCUUUCUUUGUAAAUUCGAACGAAUGGCACUUGGAUACAUCCAUUGCAGCUGGUGGGAGGUCAAAGAUGUUGCACUUUGUGGUAUAUAUACCAUCCGCAAAGGAGUGCCCUCUUCUUCUACAGCUUCCAGAUGGGCAGAUUUCCAUGACAAAUAGCUUUAUAUCUCCAAUGUGGGGAGGUGUUAUUGUGUUGAACCCCCAAACAUGCAGAAAGGAUUCAGAAAGUAAGCAUUCAUCUAGGCAUACAAUUAUGCAUGAGGAUCUGCAGAAGGUUUUUGAAGUUUUCAUGGGGCAGUUCCGCCAACUUUUUAGUUUUAGAUCUGAUAACCUGUAUGUUGGGGCUUCAGGCACGUACAACCUUUUACCCAGUGAAAAAGGCUUCACAGUAUGGGAGUUGGAUGUGCUGUCACGUAUGCAUACAUGCUUCAAUCUUCAUUCAUGUGCCACAACCCUUGGAUCCCUUUCCAGAUUGGUUCAAUCAUUACCGAGGAUGAUUAUAAAGGAUGAGAUUGGAAAGCAGGUGAAGUAUUCUCUGGAGGCAGCGAAGUUGGCUCAGACUAAUGCCUCUCUCGGUAUUUAUGAUGCUUCUGCUGUGUCUUCUAGGCAAGCGAGGUCUCUAGCUGAGGAUGCCUUUUUUCAUCCAUCGAUUAUGUCGGUCAGCUACUACUCGUUCGAGCAUUGUUUCGCCGUUUAUUCGCCUUUCUUUCUGCCAGUUUCGAUGCAUGUUAUAUUGGCGGCUCUAAGAGAAUGGAGAAGAUACAAGAAAGAAAAUAAGAAGUACUUAGUAUGGAAGGCCAAAAUGAAGGAUGCAUCUUAAUCAUAUUGAGUUGUCGUGGAGCAGUUGUUUGGUUAGAAGGUCAGAAGACAUUUGAAGAGCAGUUCAGCAAGCCUUUUUGAGUUGGCCCAAGUGACUCAGGAUCAGGAAGUAGGGACUAAGUUACAGUAAUGAUAGAUCAUAUGUACAUUCAUUCCAAUCUGUGUGACAAAAGAUUCAUGCCCUUAAAAUGUAUCCCGUGUGAGAAUUGCUCAUUUCUUAGGCUUUAAAGUCAGCUGGUAAAUUUGGGAGUCUAUCUGGGAGUUUGUUGUUCAAAGAAAGGAAAGGAGAGCUAGAGACGCAUUCAUCUUUGAUUCACAUUGUGACAUUGAAACAGAACUUCUGCUGGAUUUGAUCAAACCCGUUUUACGUAUCAAACACAGUUUUAUAUCUAAAGUUGAAGCUCCUUGAAACUCAAAACGAAUGAACUUGGUGACCAGAGAAACCGUCAGGGUACUCGCUACUAUUG